AUGUACAACUUCAUCUUCAAAGAGAGGUCAAUUCUGUUCAACACACAUCUCGGGGCUUACGAAGGUAUCAUGCGCUGCAUAGAGCCCAAGCCAGACAUCGUUAUUCUCGGUGCAGGCGGACGAGCGAAUCACAACGGCCGGCCAUUCCAGGGUUCAGCAGCGCAAUUUCUUACGAAUCAACUACAGUGGCUUGGAAACCCCCCAGAAGUGUUCUUCUCUCUACACGACAAGUCUAUUAUCAAACCCUACUAUACAGACACAACUGCUGCAAAACUCAUGAUGGAGAGGGACGGACGGACCAGGGUAGUGGACACCGAGCUCGGAAAGCAAUAUGAGCUGUUUCAGUCUGACGCCGUGCGAAAGUAA